AUGGCAACCGGCAUUGAGAAUAUCACUACCCUCCUCUCAACAAUGGAGCCAACGCUAGAUCCAGAGAUCUACGUCUUCAUCACCACCACAAAGCCCCUCUCAUCUCUCCCGCUAUCUACUCUCAAUCCGCAAUUGAUCGCCCAGGAAAAAGAAGGCAUCACCAUUGUAACGACCGAGGCUCUAGCGACAUCUCACGGCUUCGAUGAGGUCGUCUUUCCAUGUCAGAAGAUCUCAUUGACGAUCCAUUCCAGCCUCGAGGCGAUCGGUUUGAUCGCAGCCAUUACGGAUCGGCUGAAAAAUUCUGGAAUCAGCACAAAUGUCGUCAGUGGAUUCUUUCACGAUCACAUUUAUGUGCCUGCUAGAAGGGCAGAAGAUGCGAUGCAGGUUUUGGAACAGUUAACUAUCGAUGCGCGGGAGGGAAAGAAGUCGAAUGAAUAA